AUGUCAAUGUUAAGUGAUGUUAGUGAUGAUUACAGGCACGUAGAUGUUUUCAUUGAGGGUGGGGAUAUAUCUGGUGUUAGUGCUGCUAAUAGAGAGUUUGAAAAUGUAACUAGGGAGUGUGAGGGCAGGGACCCUGAUGAGAUCUUGAUAGACAAUUAUAAUGGGGAAGAGAGUGAGGGUGGUGAAGAUGAUGACUAUGAUCCUGUAGAGAGUGAGGGUGGUGGGGAUACUGAAGUCAGUUUAGGUAACACAAAUUCAGGAGAUGAUGAGUUAAAUGAGAGUAGGAAGAAGUUAAAGGAAAGUAGGAAGAAGAUAAGAGAGAAAGAUCCUGUCUUUAGUCACAUUGAUGAUCCAGAGCAAAAUUUCAAUGAGUUAGAGGUGAGUGGGAAUAUUUCAGAGUAUGAAGAGAGUGAUGGGUAUGUUAAUACUGAUGAGAGUGACUUAGAUGCUGAGACAAGUAAGCUUAAGUCUAAGAUAAAGGUUUAUGACCCUACUUGUGAUCAUAAAACCUUAGAAUUCCAACUAGGCAUGAGGUUUGACAAUGGUUGGGUUUGUAGAGAUGCAUUGAAGACAUGGGCUAUAGAGAAUGGAAAGCAUAUUAGAUUCAAGAGAGUGAGUGCUGAUCAAUGCGAAGCCUACUGCAAACCUCCCUGUAAAUGGAGAGUUUAUGGGUCUAUUGUUGGUGCUACAAAGACUUUCAAGAUAAAAACUUUGGGUAAGAAUCAUUCUUGCAGUAGGGAUAUGAACAACAAAUUGGUGGGUUCGAAGUGGAUUACCACAAAGUAUCUCAAUAUCUUUCGGUUGAGGCCCAACAUUUCAGUUGAAGAAUUGAAGGCUGACUUGUGGGAGAGGUUUAGUACCCGAGUUGGUGUUGAUAGGCUGUAUAAAGCUAGGUCUUUAGCUAGAGAGAUGGUGAGGGGCUCAGUGGAUGAGCACUAUGGUAUGCUAAGGAGAUACUUAGCUGAACUUAGGAGGGUUGACAAGGAUGGCAUGUAUGAAUUGCUUGUUGGGGAAGAAAACAUUUUCAAGGGCUUGUAUAUUGGCAUUUCACAAUUGAUAGGUGGGUUUAUAAGUGAAUGUAGGCCAAUAAUUGGUCUUGAUGGUUGUUUUUUAAAGACAUACUUGGGAGGUAUCCUCUUAGUGGCAGUUGGCAAAGAUGGGAACAACCAAAUGUUCCCCAUUGCUUGGGCAAUUGUUGAGAUAGAAAACCAAGAGUGUUGGACUUGGUUUCUAAAACUUUUGUUCUUUGAUUUGGGUAUUCAAGAUGGUGAAGGCUGGACCUUCAUCUCUGAUCAGCAAAAGGGGUUGGAAAAUGCAGUAGCCAACCUGGCUCCAAAUUCAAUUCAUAGAAACUGUGCAAGGCACAUUUACAUGAAUUGGAAAAAAAUUCAUAAAGGCUCAACCUUGAAGAGUCUUUUUUGGAGAACAGUGAGGGCUACCACCAUUGCAGAUUUCAAGAUGGCACUACUUGCAAUGAAGAAAGAGAGUGCAGAGGCUUUUCAAGAUUUCAUCUCAAGGGAUUUUCACAAAUUCUGUAAGGCCUACUUCUCUACUACCCCUAAGUCUGAUGCACUUGAUAAUAACAUCAGUGAAACUUUUAAUGGUUUCAUAUUAAAUGCAAGGGGUAAACACAUAAUCCAUAUGUAUGAAGAGAUUAGGACCUCUAUUAUGAGUAGACAAGUGAAGAAGCUAGAGUUAGUCAAAGAUAGUGUUGAAGGAUCUGUCCAAAUAUUUGUAGUUGAUGUAGAAGAAAGGGUUUGUGCUUGUAGGGUGUGGCAGUUGACUGGUCUGCCUUGUGUACAUGGCAUCUGUGCCAUCCAAUAUAUGGGGAGAGAGGUGAGUGAUUUUGUUGAUGACUACUAUUCGGUGGGUAAAUACUUGGAGGCAUAUAAGGUUGGGGUAGAGCCUAUUAAUGGCCAUUUGCUGUGGCCAGAAGUAGAGGGGUUCACUGUGAAGCCUCCAGUUGUUAGGAGGAUGGUUGGAAGACCUAAGUUAAAAAGGAAGAGAGCAGCCAAGGAGAUUGACCCCAAGAACCCCCAUAAACUGAGAAGGCAUGGUCAAGUGAUAAGAUGCAAGAACUGUAGCAUGGAAGGCCAUAACUCCAAGACUUGCAAGAAUGAAAAAGUCGAGAUGCAUAAACCUGACAAGAAGAAAAGAGGAAGGCCAAGCAAGGACAAGCCCUCAACCUCCCAAGCACCAGCCCAAGAAACCUCUCAAGCACCAGCCCAAGAAACCUCUCAAGCACCAAACCAAGCACCAUCCACAGCACAAAGUAGUGUUACAGCUGCCACCAUUUCAAGGGAAAUAAAUUUCUCCAAGAAAGGAGUUGGAGUGUACACGAACUUAGCAACUGGAAAUGUCUACUUCCAAGGGCGUAGAAUCAUUCGAGGAAGCACCUCUCAACCUCCAGCUAGGGGCAGAGGCAGGGGAAGACCAAGAAGAACAACUAAUGUGGUGACAACUCAAGAAAGUGUUGCUAGAGCUCCAGGAGAUGGUCAAGUUUGA